UCUCUCUCUCUCUCUCUCUCUCUCUCUCUCCUUCCUACUCUUUUACAGCCAUUUGCGCAUUGUUGUUAUCUCACAGAGAGAAAGAGAAAGCGUGCGGAUAUAUCGAAGGAUUCUUCUUUCUCGGAGAGAAAUCUGAUUCUCGUUUUCUCAGAGAAAAUAAAAAUGGCGAACGGAGCUGGUAGAGUGGAUCUGGACGGCAGACCGAUAAAGCCGAUCACGAUAUGCAUGAUCGGCGCCGGAGGUUUCAUCGGCUCGCAUCUAUGUGAAAAGCUGAUGACGGAGACGCCGCACAAGGUGCUUGCGCUCGACGUUUACAACGAUAAGAUCAAGCACUUGCUCGAGCCGGAUACGGUUGAUUGGGCGGGUCGGAUCCAGUUUCAUCGCAUCAACAUUAAACAUGAUUCCAGGCUCGAAGGACUUAUAAAAAUGGCGGAUCUGACUAUAAAUCUUGCUGCGAUCUGUACUCCAGCUGAUUACAAUACGCGUCCUCUUGAUACUAUCUACAGCAAUUUCAUCGACGCAUUACCAGUUGUUAAAUACUGCUCUGAGAACAACAAGCGUCUCAUUCACUUUUCUACUUGUGAAGUAUAUGGAAAAACCAUCGGAAGCUAUCUUCCCAAGGAUCAUCCUCUGCGUGAGGACCCUUCUUUCUAUGUUCUUAAAGAAGAUAUUUCCCCUUGCAUAUUCGGUUCAAUUGAGAAGCAAAGGUGGUCAUAUGCUUGUGCUAAGCAACUCAUUGAGAGACUCGUUUACGCUGAGGGUGCUGAGAAUGGACUUGAGUUCACAAUUGUAAGACCUUUUAACUGGAUUGGACCUAGGAUGGAUUUCAUCCCCGGCAUCGAUGGUCCUAGCGAAGGUGUCCCUCGCGUCCUCGCCUGCUUUAGUAACAACCUUCUACGCCGUGAGCCUCUCAAGCUUGUUGAUGGUGGAGAAUCACAGAGAACUUUCAUCUACAUCAAGGAUGCUAUCGAAGCUGUUCUAUUAAUGAUUGAAAACCCAGAGAGAGCAAAUGGACAUAUCUUCAAUGUAGGCAACCCAAACAACGAAGUCACAGUACGACAGCUUGCUGAAAUGAUGACAGAGGUUUACGCAAAAGUGAGUGGAGAAGGAGCUAUUGAGAGCCCGACGGUUGAUGUUAGCUCGAAAGAGUUUUACGGGGAAGGGUAUGAUGAUAGUGACAAGAGAAUCCCAGACAUGACCAUCAUUAACCGCCAACUCGGAUGGAACCCGAAGACAUCACUCUGGGACUUGCUCGAGUCCACCUUAACCUAUCAGCACAGGACCUACUCAGAAGCUGUGAAAAAGGCAACUGCCAAACCAGUGGCUUCAUAAAGUUAAAACAGAAAACUCGUUAAAAGGAAGUAACAAUUUGGCAUUUCUCUUUACUCUUUUCGAUUCUUUCCUUUUUUUUUUCAUCCCAGAGAACACUUUUUUUUUUUUUGUUUUAUAACUUCUGUUCUUUUGGUUCCUUUUAAGAAUACACAAAUAUAAUCACCGUGGUUCGUUCCAUGUAGACCCUCUAUAUUUUUCGUAUUUUGUUCCAA